GCCGAGUCGAGAUGGUGGAUCGGUCCGAAUGAAUCUAGUCCUUAUUGCAGUCUUACUACGCGUAGACUGUCGAGUAGUGGAGCGACGCCCAAAGGCAUUGAUUAGUCUAUUAUGAUAGAUAUGGGUAAUUGCUGGCUGGCAUGAUGGAAGCACUCAUUGACUAGAGAAUGAACGGUCAUGAUGAUGAUGAUGAUGAUGAUGAUGAUGAUGGUAAAGUGAAUUGUUAAGACUGUAGGGUUUGUUAAUGAUGGGGUCCUUUUCUGCAGCUGCCGCUGAGUCUGUUGCACUGUUACGGGCAGGGACACGUGGCGGAGUAGGAGUGGUGCGUUUAACAGCUGCUGCUGCCAUUGACACCACAGCAGUCGAUUGCUGCCGGUCAAGUGCAGCAUCAGAGCUCCUUCGCCGCUGUAACGAUGUUUGCACAGCUUGCAGCCGACAGUUCUUGACAUCUGUGCCCACCAAGUCGCAGACCAAUCUUUCCGGGCGCCCGAAGACGAGACGCAGGGUGUUCUUCCCUGCCACGCAUGGGCUGUCAUUGUCGGCGACCUCCGCUUCGUCAUCAGACUUCUCGGGUCUCCCCCAUUCAGUCGAACUGCAGGCGCUCGGGCUGUCGUCAGUGCGGUCACUCCCGCGGCGGCGCUGCUUCACCACGGCAGCCAUGGCGCCCUCCACCGCGGCAAUUGCUUCCCCACCACCUCGCGAAGUUUCUCUAGAGACACUCGGCCUCACAAAAGCCGGCACACCGCUCAUCCCGGCGAUCCGGUUCGCAGCUUCUUUAACGUCUCCCUUGGUGUGGGUGGGAGAUGUUCUCGUGCUGCUUGUCUGGGAAGAGACCAUUGCAAAAGACGAGUCCUCAGGAAAGUUCCUUGACUCAGAGCUGGCUAGCAUCGACGACUCCACAGGGGGACUUCUUGCGGAGAUUGUCGCGGAGGGCGAUUUCAAGGGCAAGGCCGGGCAGUCGGUCUUCGCGAGGCUGGGCAAAGGUACAAGCGGGCUCAGUUGCAAGCGCGUGGGAGUCGUUGGGCUUGGAAAGCGGAAGUCCAAUGAGGACUUGGAGACUGGGGUUGCACCGUGGAGAACGGCAGGCUCGGUCCUGGCCGCGACGGCGAAGAGCUGCAAUGCGCAUUCAGCAGCUGCGUUCCUUCUCGGAUCGGGCGACAGUGGCUGGGCGGGCCUGAGCAGUAAUAAGUCUAGGGUGGCAGCUGCUAAGGGCCUUUCCUCAGGCCUUGUUUUGGGCUGUUUUGAGGACACGAGGUUUAAAUCGGAGUCCAAGAAACUGACGCUGGAGUCCUUGCAAAUCCUAGGGAUCGCGCCGAGUGCGGAAUUGGAUGCUGCAUUUCAGACGUCUGUCAAGAUCUGCGAUGGGAUCAUGCUGACGCGGCAACUGGUCAAUGCGCCGCCAAAUGUUCUGACGCCAGGUGCCUUCGCCGAUGUGGCGGUCGCCAUCGCAACGAACCAUGCGGACGUCAUGUCGGCCACAAUCUUGGAGAAGAGCGACUGCGAAAGGCUGGGGAUGGGUGCGUUCCUGGGGGUCGCGGCGGCUUCGACCCUCCCACCGAAGUUCGUCCAUUUGAAGUACGUGCCGCCAAGCGGAAAACCGACGAAACGCCUUGCGAUUAUCGGGAAGGCGUUGACCUUUGACAGUGGGGGCUAUAACAUCAAGGCCGGCGUGGGCUCUAUGAUAGAACUGAUGAAGUUCGACAUGGCGGGAGCCGGAGCAGUUCUAGGAGCGGCGGACGCGAUAGGGUCGCUCAAACCAGAGGGUGUUGAAAUCCACUUCAUUGCAGCGGCUUGUGAGAACAUGGUCAGCGGUUCGGGUAUGAGACCCGGCGACAUUCUGACUGCGUCUAACGGGAAAACGAUUGAAGUCAACAACACGGACGCAGAAGGCAGGCUGACUUUAGCCGAUGCGCUUGUGUAUGCAUGCAAUCUGGAGGUGGAUGCCAUUGUCGACAUCGCCACGCUGACGGGUGCAUGCAUCGUCGCGCUUGGCAACGACAUUGGUGGCAUGUUCACGCCACAUGACUCCAUAGCCGACGAGCUCCAGCGCGCGGCAAAGCUUGCGGGAGAGAAGCUAUGGAGACUGCCUAUGGAGGAGGCAUACAUGGAGACGAUCAAAAGCAGUGUGGCAGAUAUGCUAAAUACGGGUGGCAGAGCAGGAGGUUCGAUAAUUGCGGCGCUUUUCUUGAAGGAAUUUGUCCGCGAAGGCAUUCCUUGGGCCCAUUUGGAUGUCGCGGGCCCUGUUUGGGACAACAAGAAGUCAGUUGGGACAGGGUUUGCAGUAGCUACGCUUGUGGAGUGGGCUUCCACACACAGCAGUGGUGCAUCCUAGCGGCCUGUGGCAUGAACCUAGUCCAAAUUUGGACCAGGAGAGUGCUCUGCGUAUGGUCCCUUUCUCACUCCGUGAACCCGUUUGGAUAUCGCCAGCCCCAUUUGGAAUGGCAAGUAGCGGGUUUUGGUUGCAUCCUUGCUUGUGGAUUGGGUUCGGCCGCACACAGCAGGGCUUUUGACGUAAGCCUGGUUCACAUUGGGACCCCAACUGGGUGCUCUGCAUGGUCUUCGAUUCGCGUCCCUUUGCCGGAACCUAGAGCCUUGCCCAACUGGUCUUGUGUUCGUGCUACAAAAGCAUGAAUCUGAGCAUUUUUAUGACCAGGUGCAUGCUUUCUAACUAUGAACAUAGCACAAGCAGGGCCUACCCUCCCCCUUUAGAACCAGUCUCCAUCUGCUUAUUUUCCUAAUCGGGAUGCCAUUGACACCGCCAGAGGAAGGCAAAACUAACUGCAGGCAUCGUCAGCAAUUUUGCUUUGUCAGGUCAGCCUGCAAGUAAGCUAGGUAGGGAUUGACUUGCGUUUAGUAUGUCCACGCCGAAUUGUAUCCAUUUGUUCGUUGGACUUCACUGACAGUUUACCUAUUUUUUGGAGCAGAGAUCAGGAAAAACAUUUUGAUCGCAUUCUUCUUCUUCUUCUUUUUUUUUUUUUUUUUUUUUUUUUCCCUUGAAAAAGGCUUGAAACUUUUUUAUCGCAUUCUCCAAUUUUUAUUCCUAGAGUUUCGGUCCUGGAUUUUUUAUUCGAGCUACGUAACGGCAAGAACCAGAUUCGAUGAGAAGUUUUGGAUUCUGCGAUAAAGUGCGCUUCCUUGU